AUGCAGGAGGUCGAAGAAGCGAUACACCGGUACGCCCAAGCAAUCGACAGCGCAGACGAGUCUCAUUCAAAAUCGGACCUUCUAAAUCGAUCAGAGGCUAACACUGAUGCUGCCCAGAGACUCCUGGAUGUCGCACAUAACAAUUUGAGGAGGCUCAUGGAGCUGCAAGAAGAUCUGGUCGGGUCGGAAGACCCAAGAAACAAAUCACCUGGGCAGUCUGGAAUCACACUCACCCAAAUUCGAUAG